GUUAAAAAGAGAGAUAGCGAAGAUUUUAAGUGCCAAAAGUGCAAGCAACGCGAUGAUUACGUUUUCGUGAUUACGUUUGAGUCGUUCGACACUUUUUGGAAAGAGUAUUCGUUAUAUCUAACAAACUUUAUUCAUAUCUAUGAUUGUAAAGUUGAAUUUAAGAGCAAAAUGUCGGAUGACACAAAGAUCUUAUUGAAGGAAGCCCGUGAAUCUUUCAAGCAAAAUGAAUAUCUGGAAGUUGUGAAGAAAUGCAGAAAGGUUUUAAAAAAAGACAAAAACAAUUAUGCGGCAUUACUACUCCUAGCCCGUUCCAUGCAAGAGGUGGAGGAAUUUAAAUCACAGGUAUCCUUAGUCCUUCACAAGGCCGUAGAGGUGCAACCCAAUAAUCCAUUAGCCUGGCAAGGUUUAGCGGCACAUUAUGAAAAAGCUCCACAGGACCAUGAUAAUUGGGAAAAGUUAGCUUUAGCUUAUUGCAAAUUGUUGCAGUUAGAUAGCGAAUCUCCUAAGUUCACACAUUUUGUGAAUAAAAUUUCGGAGAUUAUCUUGCGUAUCAAGAAUGAUGACAUAUUCUCUGAAGCAUUGAGCACAUUGAGUGUGUUACGAGAAAUUUCUACCAAAGAGAAGAUAAAUCUGAUUGAUAAGACCCUAGUGUGGAUUUUAUCAGAGUAUCCUAAUAAUAGAAUAAACAAGUAUCAGGAACUUUAUGAAAAUGUGUUAGAAUCUGUAAUAAAAGACACAGAUCUAGUGAAUAGACAAGAGUGUUACAGAAAAUAUUUAAAGAUACUACAUGAUUCAAAUAAACUUACAAAGUUGCUAACAGCUGCUCAAGACAUGCAUAUUCAAUUUCCACAGGAUACUUAUCCUUUAGAAUGGUUAUGCCGUAUUUAUUAUGAGACGGAGGCGUUGUGUGAAAUUAAACUUGGAAUUGAUAUAACUCAGUUUUAUGAAUUACUUUUAAAGAUAAAUCCAAAUUCCGAGGCUGCAUUUAUUGCAAAGGCAGUAUAUUUGAAAAGAACAGACGAGUUAAUUGACUCACGCAAUUGUUUGAAGCAAGUAGUCUCAUUAAAUGCACAAUCAUUUUAUGCUUGGUUAAUGUUGAGCCAAAUAUAUUUCAAACUAUACUGCUGGGAAGAAACCGAGAAUGCAUCUAGACAAGCACUUUGGUUAAUAAAAUCCACUUUAAAGGACAAAUUUCAACAUGGAAUCAAAUUGAGAUUACUUGAAGCAAUAAGUAGAAGUAGUAACAAACAAAAAUUGAUAGAAGCACGUCAGAUGUGUGAAGAAUUGUUAAGUGUUGAGCCUUCCAUACAAUUACAAGUGAUUCAUGCACGCACAAAUAUAUUAUUGGAUGAACCUGAUGCUACUGCUAUAUUAAGUAACUUGGAGUCUCAGAAUGAAACUAAACUUCAAGCUUUUAUUCUUAAAGCGUUGCAUUUACAAAAACACAAACAAUACGAAGAUGCUAUUAAUGCUCUCGAGUUAGCUUUAGAAAAUUCUGAAGCUUGGUUGCUGUUCGGUAAAAUAUAUUGGGAUAUAGGAGAUUAUAACCACAGUCUGAUGGCAUUUUUAAACGGCGUCCAAGCAGAUCGCAAUAAUUGGGAAUGUAUGGUUUACUUAGGACAUUAUUAUCGCGAACAUGGUAACGACAUAGAACGUUCAAGAAGAUGUUACCACGCCGCAUUACAAAUCAAUCCGAAUUCCGAGGAAGCUGGUAUCGGACUAAGCACAGCUUAUCGUCUUCUCAAGAAUAUUGAUGCCAAUAUACAAUUAUUACAAAGGGUAACUAUACAAGGUACUGGGCCAAGAUGGGCUUGGCUCCAACUGGGUUUGCAUUACUUGGAUCAAGGUGACGCUGGACAAGCUAUCACAGCAUUACAACAUGUGAUCAGAGCUGAUCCUAAUGACAAUCAUAGUUGGGAAUCUUUGGCAGAUGCGUAUUUGGUACGCGGCGCUCAUGCAUCGGCACUAAAGUCGUAUCAACGCGCAUUACAGCUGAGCCCAGAAUCCUUAUAUCCUAUGAUACAACUCGCGAAUAUCAAACUACUCAUUGGUCAACAUAAAGAAGCCAAGGAAGAUUUCGAGAGUAUAUUACAGAACGAUAAACAGCAUAUUCUUGCAUUAAAAGGUCUAGCACAGGCAUGUUUAGGUUUAGCAAGACAAAAUAUUGAAAAACAAUUUCUAUGUCGAGCAAGGGAAAAUCUACAACAAGCAGCAGACAAUCUGAUAGACGCUAUUAUGAUACGCAGUGAUCUGCUUUGCAAUUGGAAAUUGCUUGGCGACGUGUGUUAUAGAAUAAUCGCUCUACCGGAAAAGUAUUGCUAUUUAAAAAUUAAAUCUGUUUUAAUGAAGUGUGACAAUACUGAAAAAUAUGUGAAUAUUAAAGGAGACGAGAUAUUGAUGUUAUCAAUAAGAUGUUUUUGUCGGGCAUUAUCCAUGCAAAAUUCUGCAUUGUUAUGGCAUGAUUUAACGUGCUGUUAUUUGAUGCAACUAAAUCGCGCUUCUACAGUCAAUAAGAAUGAUGUGGCGGCUAAGUGCUAUGCGACUGCAAAACAUGCUGUUAAACUCUGCCCGCAAUCGUGGCUACAUUGGAAUAUUCUUGGUGUUAUUUGUAUGUCAGUAUAUGUAAAAAAUUAUGCCCUAGCUCAACAUUGUUUCAUCAUGGCGAUCGAUAGAGAAUCGAACAAUGCAAUAGCUUGGAGCAAUCUGGGAGCAUUAUAUUUGCAUCUAGGAGAUAUCUACAAAGCAAAUGAAGCGUUUUCUCGAUCACAACGUGCGGAUCCUAGUUACGUGAAUAGUUGGGUCGGACAGGGAUUAAUUGCGGAGAAAACCCUGAGGAAGGAAGCGAUGGAUCUAUUCCGCCAUUCGACACAAUUGGGUUAUCACAAUCAAGCAGCUUUAGGCUAUGCUCAUUGGGUACUUACUACUCUUCUGAAUCCCGCAAUGAAGGAAGAUCCACUGUUAGUUUACGUUAUCGAAAACAUGCAUGCGAUACCUGCAGCAGCCGACAUUCUUACUUGGUACACAGAACGCGAGCCAUAUGAUGUUUAUGCUUUAAAUACACAUGGUUUAUUAUUGGAACGACUAAAAUUGUACAAUACAGCGGCUAAACAAUUUUCCACAGCUUUAAAAUUGAGUGAAGAUGAAGAAAGGGAUAUGAUAACCAUAAACUUAGCACGCAUCCUGAUUCAAAUCGGAAAAUACGAAAAAGCGGUAGCAUUAUGCAAACAAGUGAAAUGUGCAAAUUUCAAUUCUCAGUGCCAUCUAGCGUUAUCGUUGUUCAAAGCCAAGCAGUAUGAAGAUUCGUACAAUACAUACGAAGCAGCUUUACAUUGGCUAGCAGACACUGGUGUGGAUAAAGCUAAUGUUUUGUGUGCGAUGGCUGCGAUUGCUUACAUAUUCCAAGGGGCAGAUGCUGUUAAGACUUUACUAUUCCAAUGUAUACAAAUAGAACCGCCUACUGUAACUGGUCUCUUAGCGACUGCUGCAUUAGGAAUUUUGCAUGACGACGUCAAUUUGACUUCUUUGGUAUUGAACGAAUUGAAAUCAUACGAAAAUCACCACAAAUACGGUUAUCACGUUGUCACAUUGUCAGCAUACUAUCAAGUUAUUCAGGGAAAUCUCAUCCAAGCUAUUCGAAUACUUACCAAAGCUAUUUUCAAAUACCCUAACGACGUUAGAUAUUGGAUGCGUCUUGUUCGAGUUUUACUGUUGGACAAAAAUUUUGAUGUCUUUCAUAAAUAUGCUCUAACAGCAUUGACGCUAAGCAGAAAUACGACCAAUGCUGAUAUUGUACAUGUUGCUUGCGCAUCAGCGUACAGUCACUUUGGCACAAAAGAGGGUAUCAGACAAGCUCAGAAAAAUAUAUUUACAUAUCCUAAUAACGUUGAGAGCUGGGCUAAUCUCGUUGCAGCUCUUUUACCCAGAAGUAUAGAUAAGGACUGUACUCCAAUUAAUAGUCAGUGGAUGCUGUCACUAAUAUCAAUAAUUAAAUCGCAAUUUCACGCUUCCGAAAAUAUGUCACAAUGGUUACUUCACAAUGAGAAAGAACUAAGUCAUUUCCAAGUCAACAAAGCCUCGGAGUUUAAAUAA